AAACAACCCUUUUUGAUGGAGGUAAUUCUCUCUGGAGAGCCUCCACAGAUGUUUCUGCUUCGUGUUUUUGGUGCAAAAUGUUUCUGGCAUUGAGAUAGAAUCACCCAAUUUACUAUCCUUUUCUAAUUUGUUUUGGCUAUUCUUGAAGCCACUGGGUUCGCUAGCUAUUCUCAUCUUAUCCUUCUUGUGUUAUUCCAAACUGCUCAAAGUGCCAAUGAAUUCCAAUGAUCUGUUAAAUGUUGCGUUAAGAAGAGUUUUAGGGAAAAUUUGCAGUGCUGCUGAGAGGCCAGUCAUUCAUCUUCCACAAUUUCUGAUGCUGCCAUGGGAGCUACUUGAUCUGAUUUUGAAUUAUUUAAGGCUUGAUCGAAUUUGGCUUCUUACCUUAUCUCAGAAUACUCUAAUCAAAUACUUAGCUUUGAAACAACUAUUCAACACAGUUAGUCUAUCUUAUUCAUGUUUACCCAAAGACUUUUUAAAUACAUUAAGAAUCCAAUAUAAAGACUUGGACAAGUUUGGAUCCCGAAUUUAUCAAUUUACUAAAAAUAUCACAUUUGAGUUCUCAAGUCCUUUUACUUAUAAUAUUUUUCAAAACUUGAAAAGAUUUUUACUCAAAAAGAAGAAUCUCAAUUCUUUCUCUUUGGUAAUUGGAAGAGAGUUCUCUGACCUUUCUCUGAUAAAUUCUUUGUUGAUGGUCAUGUUAAUUGAAAAUUCAAACUGUUUAUCAUCAUUUUCUUUCAGGUAUGAAACAAAAAAUGAAUUGUUUUACGAAUUUUGGGCUUUUGAUUACUUGAAAAGCUGUACUCAGUUAAAAAAUGUGAAAUUCUCUAUAAUUUUUGGUUUUAAAGAUACACAUUUUUUGUCCUCGGAAAAUUUAUUUAAUCAAUUAUCUGGCCAAUUUCAUUUUUACUUUGAUAACUUGAAUUUAAAUAUUUCUCAUUUAACUUUGUCAAAAUUAGAGCUCUGGUCUAAUCUAACAUUAUUGCCCACUUAUUAUGAAAUUUUGUUUUAUCAAGUUAACAAGUUUUUGAAUUUAAAAUAUUUAAAUUUAUCUCAUAAUAAAAUUUACAAUGUUAAAUAUUUAUCCAAAAACUUAAUUCAUAUCAAUCAUCUAAAUCUCAGCUAUAAUGAGAUAUAUUCAAUUGAUCAUUUAUCUCAUCUAAUUAAUUUAAAAUGCUUAAACUUAGGUCAUAAUCAUAUAUCCAAAAUUGAGAAUUUAUCAGCUUUAAUUAAUUUGAAAACAGUAAAUUUAUCCUUGAAUCAAAUAACCAAAAUUGAACAAUUAUCUAAUUUAACCAACUUGAUUGUUUUAAAUUUAAAUAGCAAUAAAAUAGAUAUAAUUGAAAACUUAGAUUAUUUAACUAAUUUGGAAUAUUUGAAUUUAUCGUACAAUAAGAUAAAUGAAAUAAAACAGUUACCGGAUUUAAAGAAUUUAAAACAAUUUUAUUUAAAUAAUAAUAUGUUGACAACUAAUACUAAAAAUUAUAUAAUUGAAAAAUUUUCAAAUAUAUCAACACUUCAACUAGAUAGUAAGGUUUUCCAGUACACUUAUUAUAAUUAGAACAAUCUCUAAAGCGAGUUUGCCAAUUGUUAGAUGCUAAAAAAGUAUAUAUUGCAAAACCACUUGAACUGUUUGAAGUUCAAUUGUGUUUUUAGUAUCAGUUAAGAACUCUAUAACAUCACUUGAAACAUCCAAUUGUGGCAUUAAUAUAUUACAACAGCAAGACAUCGAA